UUCUUCAAGAAGCACUGUGCAGCAUCAGUGUAUUUGGAAGAUACCGAUUGGAUGCUAGUGCUUGACGCAGAUACGGGUAUUGUGAAUCCGAAUCAUUGCAUUGAGGAAUGGAUCGAUACCAGGGUUGAUCUCAUCUUCUAUGAACGAUUCUUCAAUUGGGAAAUUGCAUCUGGAAAUUACCUUAUGCACCUUCUACAAACACUUUUACCGCAUGCGAAGCAAUCCAUCAAAAACUGCGAUAAAAUCUGGCAUAGAGGAACUGAUUAUAAAACUUAUAUGGCGUUUGUGACUUGCGUUAAACUUUCACUUGGAGAGCGACGACUCUGGCCUGGAAAAUUACGAAUUCUGAGGAGGGCACACGGUUGGGUACGAGACGGCUUUAUCACUUACGAUAAGUGGUCUGAUCGAGACUUCAUGUUGCACGGUUGGAAGCAGCAGAACAUCAGUGAAAACGGCUGGGAAUCACCAUUUGAAGUGAGCGAUUCAUUUAAGUUGCGUAAAUUAACUUAUUUUUAUCAUCUCAGUACGUGUAUCAUGCUAUCAGAGUAA